AUGGACUCAAUAGACCUUUACUUUAACAAAGAAGCUCGUAUUAAAAAAUACAGAUAUAUAUUAGUAAAGCUCAAAGACCUUCGUAUUUCUUUGAAAUAUAAUUUGGAAAAUAUUGGUGGAUUUGCUGCAAUUACUCGUCAAAGAGCAAAAACUUUGAGUAAAAGAAUGUUUGACUCUUCUAGAUUUAAUCCUGGUGAUUGGUCACAACAAGAAUUAAAUCUUUGGUUAAAACUUUUAGAAUCUGUUGAACAAUUUUAUGCAUUUGCUUUAAUUCGUCAAAAUCAUAAAGUUGAACUUGUUGAAUUCUUACGAAAACAAGGUAGAGAAGAGAAAGUUAAAAAAUUAUCUAAUGAUGUUAGUGCAGAAAUAAUUGAUAAAUUAUAUACAACCUUAUUAAGUUCUAUAAAGAAAGACUCGGAUUAUUUUAAUUAUUGUAGAGGAUUUUUAUAUAAAGAAAGUAAAGAAUUGGGUUUGCAAGAUCAAAAACCAGUUAGUCAAAGUGAUUUGGACAAUUUAAAAGUAGCUUUUCUAAAUCAUUAUAAACUAUUUGAAGCUGUUACUAAUGAUCAUACUCACGUUUAUAAUGAAACUUCUACAUCUGAACGCGUUUAUAAUGAAAAAUAUCCGGACAUGAUCAUUGAUACUACUUCGACUACUUCAAACUGGAGAGAUCUUAACAAUGCAUGGAAUACCCGUUUCAUAAAUGAAGCUCAAACAUUAUUAAACCCAGAAGAUUUUAAAAUUUUAAGAGAUAAGGUCGGUUCAGAAGAAGGUUAUGCAAAAAAUUUAGAGGAUUGUUAA